AUGACAAUUAAGAAUAGACUGAGCAAAGAGUAUCGAGAUGGGGUAAAUUCAUUUGUUGACUUUGCAGUCACAAAUUUAGGUUCUGAUGAUCAGAUUCGUUGCCCGUGUUUAAAAUGCAUGAAUGUGGAACGCCAUUUUAGUAUUGUUGUUGCAUUUCACCUGAUACAAAAUGGGAUAGCUCCUUCUUACAAGACUUGGGUCCACCAUGGGGAAACUAUACCUAUGAAUCAACAAUUUGUGUCGAACGAAAGCCAUGAACAUGAGAAUCAAGACGACCUAGAACGCUUAGUUAAUGAUUACUAUGCAGCAGCAAUCAUGAAUGAUGAGGAACUAGAUGAGUUGCCUGACAAUGUUGAGACAAAGAAUGUGCGCAACUUUGAUAAAUUAAUGAAGGAUGCCCAUCGAGAGUUAUACCCCGGAUGCAAGCUUACUUUACUAUCAUUUGUUAUUAAGCUACUUCAUGUUAAGGUGUUGAAUAAAUGGAGCAACAAGUCCUUUGAUGCGCUGUUGGGGUUAUUGAAGGAACUCCUACCUACAAGUGAUCACGACAUUCUAGGCAACAUUUAUGAAGCAAAGAAGUUCUUCGAGAAUGCUGAUCUUGAAAAGUGUCCUGUUUGUGAGGAGUCUAGAAACAAGCUAAAUGAUGGUAAGGGAAAAAAGAUUCCUCAUAAGAUCUUGCGAUAUUUUCCGUUGACCCCUAAGUUGCAGAGGUUUUAUAUGUCGAGCAAAACUUGUACAGAUAUGAGGUGGCAUAAGAAGAAACGAGUUGAUGAUGGAGUAUUAAGGCAUCUUGCUGAUGGUAAGGCAUGGAAGCACUUUGAUCGACAUUAUCCUGAGUUUGCUCGAGAUGCCCGAAAUGUGAGGUUAAGACUAGCUACUGAUGGAUUCAAUCCCUUUGGUAACAUGAGCAACUCCUACAGCUUAUGGCCUGUGAUUGUCAUGCCUUACAAUCUUCCUCCAUGGAAAUGUAUGAAACAACCUUACUCUAUAAUGUCGUUGUUUAUUCCUGGACCAAUUGCACCGGGAAGAGAUAUUGAUGUUUACUUAAUGCCAUUAAUUGACGAAUUGAAGGAGUUAUGGGAACGUGGCGCAGUCACCUAUGAUGCCUCAACUGAACAAACUUUUCGAAUGCAUGUAGCUGUUAUGUGGACCAUCAACGAUUUCCCUGCAUAUGGUAAUUUGUCCGGGUGGACUACUAAGGGUUAUUUGGCUUGCCCAAUGUGUAACGAACAUGCAUCAUCGCAAAGGUUGAGAAGUAAGUUAAGUUAUGUGGGAGCUCGCCGAAUGGUUACCUAA